CGGCCCGGCGCGGGAGCACCGCGGGGAGUACCGGCUGGAGCAGCGCAGGGGCGACGGCCCAGCGCCCCGAAGUUUGCCGCGCCCGCUUGGGCGGCCGAGGUUUGUUUUCUUGAAAAGGCUCCAGGCUUCGGCUUGGAAAAUCCAACCGCCAAAAUUGAGCCCAGCAGCUGGAGCGGCAGCGAGAGCCCUGCCGAAAACAUGGAAAGGAUGAGCGACUCGGCAGAUAAGCCGAUGGACAAUGAUGCGGAGGGGGUCUGGAGUCCUGACAUAGAGCAGAGCUUUCAGGAGGCCCUGGCUAUCUAUCCGCCGUGUGGGAGGAGGAAAAUCAUCUUAUCAGACGAAGGCAAAAUGUAUGGUAGAAAUGAAUUGAUAGCCAGAUACAUCAAACUCAGGACAGGGAAGACAAGGACCAGGAAGCAGGUGUCUAGUCAUAUACAGGUCUUAGCAAGAAAGAAAGUUCGAGAAAUUCAAGCCGCCAUUAAGGUGUCUAGUCACAUUCAGGUUCUUGCCAGAAGGAAAUCUCGUGAUUUUCAUUCCAAGCUAAAGGAUCAGACUGCCAAGGACAAGGCCUUGCAGCACAUGGCUGCCAUGUCAUCAGCCCAGAUCGUCUCGGCUACUGCCAUCCACAACAAGCUGGGGCUGCCUGGAAUUCCACGCCCCACCUUCCCGGGGGCACCGGGGUUCUGGCCUGGAAUGAUACAGACAGGACAGCCGGGAUCCUCACAAGAUGUCAAGCCCUUUGUGCAGCAGGCCUACCCCAUCCAGCCAACAGUCACAGCCCCCAUUCCAGGGUUUGAGCCUGCAUCAGCCCCAGCUCCCUCAGUCCCUGCCUGGCAGGGCCGUUCCAUUGGCACAACCAAGCUUCGCCUGGUGGAAUUUUCAGCUUUCCUUGAACAGCAGAGAGACCCAGACUCGUACAACAAACACCUCUUCGUGCACAUUGGACAUGCCAACCAUUCUUACAGUGACCCAUUGCUUGAAUCUGUGGACAUUCGUCAGAUAUAUGACAAAUUUCCUGAAAAGAAAGGUGGCUUGAAGGAACUGUUUGGAAAAGGCCCUCAAAAUGCCUUCUUCCUCGUAAAGUUCUGGGCGGACUUAAACUGUAAUAUCCAAGAUGAUGCCGGGGCUUUUUACGGUGUGAGCAGUCAGUACGAGAGUUCUGAAAACAUGACGGUUACCUGUUCCACCAAAGUGUGCUCCUUUGGGAAACAAGUAGUAGAAAAAGUAGAGACGGAGUAUGCAAGGUUUGAGAAUGGCCGAUUUGUGUACCGAAUAAACCGCUCACCAAUGUGUGAAUAUAUGAUCAACUUUAUCCAUAAGCUCAAACACCUACCAGAGAAAUAUAUGAUGAACAGUGUUCUGGAAAACUUCACCAUUUUAUUGGUGGUAACAAACAGGGAUACACAAGAAACUCUCCUCUGCAUGGCCUGUGUAUUUGAAGUUUCAAAUAGUGAACAUGGAGCACAGCAUCAUAUCUACAGGCUUGUAAAGGACUGAACCUGGUUAUUUAUAUAUAUAGAUAUCUGUAUAUACACACACAUAUGUGCACACACACACUCUCUCCAUUAUCGAACGACUGACUGUAAACCUCACCACAGGUGAUGCCCUGCCCCCCCAGGUCACACCCUGACUUUUCUAAAUCCUGUUUGAGUGAACUUAUUAUUUUUUUCAUGUGUUCAUGCUAUCAUUGUAGCUGUGAAGUUGUGAUGCAGUUUUUUGUGUAUUCCUCAGAUCUGCAACCCACAAUUCCUUGGGGAAGGUGAAUCUUACCAGCCUAAACCUCUCUCUCUGCAGACCUGUUUCCUGUUGUGGUAGAAAAUAAUGAGACAGAGGAUUGGCCACGGAGCAUUGAUUGCCUUUAUACAAAUGUAUUUAGUUCUUUUUGUUGUUGUUUUUCCAACAUAAAAUUCUUGUUUUAAGAUACAAGUAAAAUUAAUCUUUAAAUGUAAAUUAGUACAAGAAAACUAAGAUUCUUCAGACUUAUCUUUGUAACUAAUUAGGGUGGAAGUUAUGGAAGAAUGUAAUUCACUAAAUUAUUUUUUAAAUGAAAUCUUUCUUUCUUUUUAAAACCAAAUGUUAAACUAUAGCCUUAAGAAAUACUUGGUAGAAGUAUCCUAAUGAGACAAAUUUUGUACCUUUCCCUCCCUCAAAGUUAAAACUAAUAUCCUAAUUCAUUAAACUCUUGAAACAGGUGUUGCAAAGGAAGAAAAUGUCACCCCUUAUCCUUAACAUAUAUAGUAUAUUUAAAAAUGUAAAAUUGUAUUGUACUAAUGUGAUAAUUGAUUAUUUAAUGAAAAAGAAAAGAUGGCUCUUUUUGCAAUAAGUAGAUAAUACUGAAACAAAUCUAAGCUUACAAUGUUAGUCUUGUGUGUGCAGUUGCAUUUUAUAUGGUCAACCAAAAUUUUCUAUGGAGAAGAGUUCACAUUUGAACCACUGAAAUUUAAUAACAAAAUUUAAAAAUUGGCACGAAUACUGCACUGUGAGUUGCAAAGGAUGCAGAAUCCUGUGGCUGGGAGAAAACUGUCAUCAUCUGAACAAGUGCGAGGCUCAUCAGGCUUGGUGUCUGCUCCCCAGAAUGUCACUGUCACAAGCCUCCUCACCAGCCUGUGGGUAGUGUGUUGUUGCUGGUAACCCCCCAUGCAUGGAAGCAUCUGUCCUGAUAGCUCUGUGUUUAUGCGCAUGUGGAUAUUCAGUUCUUUGAACUCCUGCCUCCUCUAGUUUGCUGGUUACUUACUCACCACCUCUCUCUUGGUCUGCGUUAUAGACAUGGGUAGAUUUUCCUUAAGGGCAUCUCUUUCCUUGACAUCUCUUCAUAAGCCUCAGGGGCACUUUAUGUGCUCCCCCACCCCUCUCCCUCUCUCUUUUCCUUCCACCCCUUUCUUGAUCUUUUCAAGCAGAAGCCCUCAUUCAGGAAGUUCUGUUUCCAAGAGAGAUUUCACCUCUCUGAUCUGAAUAUUCCAAAGCAUUGCCCAGCAGAGUUGGCCUAAGAUGGCUGGUCUGGGGUUACUUCCCUAAGUGCUUUCUCACUGGGGAAGCAAGAAAGGUUGCCCCUCUACUUCCCAGGGAUGGUAAGAGGAAAGUAAGAGUUUCCUUACACACAUGCACACACAUGCAUGCGCACACAGGAACAUGUGAACAUAAUAGAACAUGACAAAAUUUUUAAGUUAAGAAGCAUGGCGAUUUUUUUUCUUUUUUGUACCAAGGCUAUCAAGUAAAAUCCUACUUCUGCUAUAUCCAGGUGGCACACACCCCUUCUUUGCCCCAACAUCUGCUCUGACUUUGCUUUUAUUAUAUUCAGCAACUUGUGGUCUUUAGCGGUUGGGCAUGGCUGGUAUGUAGCUAAAAGAACCAAACUGGAUUGACUCUGUCUCCUCCCAGCUGCAUCCCUGGUCCCUGGGAAGACCUGAGGAGAAUGUGCAAGACUUUGUCAUUAGCAAUGUGCCUCCUUUACGUAGGCCAGCGGGGCAUUGUUUCUCUUCAGGAGAACUGCCUUGGUUCCUGGAUUCUAAGCCAGCUCUCCACGGAAUGACUACCCUGGGUUUCUCCCCUUCUGUCUGCCUUCAGAUCAGAUGUUUAAGGCUCUGUCCUGGGGAUACCACUAGUUAAUUUUUUAGGGAUGUUUCUUUAGCUUCGAUUUCCUACAUCCUUCCUCUAGAGGAAUGCCCUACUGUCCUGAGACCAGGACUAUAUGAAUGGGUACAAAUGAUCUCCUGUGGCUACAGGCCAGGCCAUCCAAGAAUGUGAUGGGGGAGCGGUCUACCACUCAGGCUCUGGGGGUUUGUUUCCCAUGUACCACUAGAGGAUAGUGGCUGGCAAUGGGGAGGCUAUGACUUCACAGAAUUAGGAUUGUGUCUGUGUGGCCUCACUGUCUAUGUCCUCUUCUUCCAGAGCCUUUC